AUGAACUGCUUCACAUUCCUGCUGCUGGCCAGCUUAGUCCCCACCUCUCUUGCCAUCCUUAAUGAGCCAGAAGAUGAAAUCCACUUGGAGGCUCAGCCCAUGGAUGCCUGUAAGUCUCAUCUGAUCCCUAAAAGGGACCAUGUCUCCCUUGAAAACCCUUCUGGAAACUCCCAUCUCCAGCGAAGAGCUGGGUUUCAAAGGGGAAGGUGUGAUCAGAUCUACGAGGAGACUAACAAAUCAAAAGCUCGAGCUGCUUCACCCCAUCCCCCAGGAGCAACCACCCCAGAGGGAAAACUGGCCAAGCUCAGCCAUAAUAUUGGGAAGAACCUGGUCAAAACCAUGAAAGAGACCAUAACCUACCCGAAAAGACUACUCCCUCAUUCCUAUGAAGUCACAAGGCCCUAG